AUGGUGACCACACGCUCAGAAAGGGUAGCAAGGACAAGGGCAACUUCAUGGUAUGCUCUAAGAAGCCUACCUGAAGAAAAGGCUUGGGAUUUGUUUGUAAAAGUGGCAUUCGAGCAAGGUCAACUAACAGAGAAUGAAGCCUUUGUAAGUUUGGCAAAGGAGAUUGUUGAGAAAUUGUUUCCAAAAGAUUACAAAAUUAAUGUAGAGACAUUAAUUCAUCUUUGGGCAAUGCAAGAAAAAGAUAACUUGAGCGAUAUUGCAUAUUGCAAAAUGCAUGAUCUUGCAACACUUGUGGCUGGAACAGUAAGUACCAUGUUAACUUCGAGUGAGGAAUAUGUUGGUGAAAAAAUUCAUGUAUUUUUUGAUCUUGUGUAUUCAUCGAGGCAACCUACAAUCCUUGUUGCUAAAGGAAUGAAGAUACGAACAAUUCUUGCAGUACUACCACAGGCUAUUGUGAACGUGGGAUUAAAGGCUAGUUUUGGUGGUUUGUAUAAGAAAAAAGGGGCUAAGUCCAAUGGUGGACCAAGUCUAUUGAAGGAAUUUAGUAAUUUGGGAGGAAGCUUAGAAAUGAAAAUUCUGGGACAUGGAAAAGAUAGCAUGUUGGAAUGUAAAGAUGCAAAUUUAAAGGAGAAACAACAUAUUCAGCGAUUGUUAUUAGAGUGGGAUAUAUUGAGUUGGUUCUCUUCGCUUACAAAUCUUGUUGAUUUGAGAUUAUAUGGUAAUAAAAGACUACAACAUCUCCCGCCAUUAAAUCAACUCCCUUUUCUCAAGUCUGUUAGCCUUGAAACCAUGGAAGCAAUUGAAUAUAUAUUAGAAGACAGUGUUAAUAACAUGUUGGGCAGUUCCUCUUCUUCAAGAACAACAUUCUUUCUAUCCUUAUCUUCUCUCAUAAUAGAACAAUGCCCAAAUUUGAAGGGAUGGUGGAGGAAUUUACCUGAGGAUGAUGAUGUUAAUGAGCCACACCAUCUUUUACUUCCAUCGUUUCCUCCUCGUCUUUCCCAAUUAAAGAUUCUUGGAUGCCCUAACUUGAAUUGCAUGCCCCCGUUUCCAUAUCUCAAAGAAGAGCUAACAUUGGAUGGAGCUAGUUUGAAGGAAUUGGAGUUGGAAAAGGAAAUGAAAGCGAAAAUGGGAGUAGCAACCACAUCAACCUCUUCCUCCUUCUCCUCUUCAUGCUACUUUCCUCUCUCUCGAUUAAAAUCUUUGUGGUUAAAGAAUGUUAACCAUUUAGAAUCUCUUCCAAAGGAGUGGCUGUGGAACCUCAUUUCUCUCUAG